AUGGAUGAGCAACAUCUGAAUGUAAAUGUUAGUCAAACAUCUCAUGAACAAAUUUUAUCACAACGAUUAAGUCAAUUAUCAUGUUCUCAGUCAUCUCAACAGCAGAACAUAAGCCAGUCGGAUAAAAUUCCACGGUAUUUAUCGAACAAGAAUGAGUCUUAUGAAAAAUUAAUUAACACACUUUAUUUUACAAUUAUAUCAACAAUAACUACUACAAUAACAUCUUCAGCUUCUGUACGAUAUGAGCAAGACUUACGACAAAUCGCUGAAUUAAUACAUAAAAUUAAAUCUCUAGAAAUUCUUCUAUCGUUAUGGAUGACUUAUUUAAAAUCUGGUACAGGUCAAUUACAUUUCAAUCAAAGAGGUCCAUCAGUUUGGCCUAAUCAAGUGAAAACAAUUAUUAAAAAAAUAAAUAAUAGAGUUGGUAAUGAAAAUGAUGCAUGUAUGCAAUUAGUCCAAGAACGUCUAGAUAAAUUCAGAACUAAAAUACAACAAUAUGAAAUACGAUUAGAUAAUCUAAAACAUCGUUUACAAGGUGAUAAAGAUACCAUCUUUCGUACUAUUGAAACAUUUAUUCAACAAAAUCAAGAAAAUUUUCAUCAAAAGAUUGAACAUAAAAUUAAAUUAGUUCAGUAUGAUUACAACGAUCGCGUAUUGGAACUUCAAUUUCUUGAACAAAAUCCAAAUGAAUAUUGUAUCAAAUUGUAUAAGCAUCUUUAUAAUGCUCGAUAUAAACAAGAUGUUACUAAAGAAGAAGUACAAUUAGUUAAAGAACGUAUCAUUCAUUAUAAGAAUAAUAAUCAUAAAUAUCGUCAACAAAUCAUCUCUCAUCCAACAUUUAUUAGUACGAGUAUGAAUCAAAUUCUUCAACAACAAAUAUAUGAUCAAUUAACAAGUGUGGUUGAACAAGCUAAAGUGGACAUGUUGAAUCUCUAUGUUAAAACAGCUGAAACGCAAAUGAAAACUUAUGACAAACAGUAUAACAAAGAAUUAGACAAAAUGUUUAUAGAACGAAAGCAACAAUCCUUAGCAGUUGAACAACAAUUAACUACUGCCAUGCUUAAUCUACUUGAAAAACGUGCUGAUAAUAGACAAAAACGUAUCAGAUGUGUAAAUCAAUUUAAAAUUCAUUGUCUUCAUUCGAACUCUAAUCAUUAA